AUGAAGCAGACCAGCGUUUUGGCCGUGAUCGCGGCUUUGGCUGCAGUUGGCUGUACGUUCCCACUUGCACCACCUCUUCGUCCACUCCUUCCUCCUUGUGUGUAGGCCAGCUGUAUACCACUUUGACUUUCAAGCUAACUCCGUUGAAAUCUACUAGAUGCCGUGCCAGUGAAGCGCUCGGAUGCAGACACAGCUUCCGCAUAUGUCGUGGAUAAGCGUUCCGAUGCGGACACUGCCUCAGCCUACGUCGUCGACAAGCGUUCGGACGCAGACACCGCUUCGGCCUAUGUUGUUGACAAGCGCUCGGACGCUGAUACCGCAUCGGCCUAUGUCGUUGACAAGCGUUCCGAUGCCGAUACCGCUUCCGCAUAUGUCGUUGACAAGCGCUCUGAUGCUGACACUGCAUCCGCCUACGUCGUCGACAAGCGCUCUGACGCCGACACUGCCUCCGCUUAUGUCGUCGACAAGCGUUCUGAUGCCGACACUGCUUCAGCCUACGUUGUCGACAAGCGCUCUGACGCCGACACUGCCUCCGCUUAUGUCGUCGACAAGCGUUCUGAUGCCGACACUGCUUCCGCAUACGUUGUCGACAAGAAGCGAUCUGAUGCCGACACUGCUUCCGCAUACGUCGUCGACAGGAGACGCUCCGACGCCGACACUGCUUCCGCGUACGUUGUAGACAGACGCUCUGACGCCGACACUGCUUCUGCGUACGUUGUUGACAAGAAGCGAUCUGAUGCCGACACUGCCUCUGCGUACGUCGUUGACAAGAAGCGCUCUGAUGCCGAUACUGCUUCCGCAUACGUUGUGGACAGACGCUCUGAUGCCGACACUGCCUCUGCGUACGUCGUCGACAAGAAGCGAUCCGAUGCCGACACUGCCUCCGCCUACGUUGUCGACAAGAAGCGAUCUGACGCCGACACUGCCUCUGCGUACGUCGUCGACAAGAAGCGAUCCGAUGCCGACACUGCCUCCGCCUACGUCGUGGACAAGCGUUCGGACGCUGACACUGCCUCCGCAUACGUCGUCGACUAA